AUGGUGGUCGAGCGAAAUGGAGGAGAAGAGGUGAAGCAGUCAGGGCUGUCUCCCAGCAAGUCCCCGUCGUUGUUUCGGCUUAGGAUGAAGGGAAUGGCCGACGACAGCGCCGCUGAGAACAGGAGCUCCAACACCAUGGACAACGUUCACACCCCGGUGAAGGCCUACGAGGGAUGCUUGACCGACUCGGUAAGAAAGAGGAACCUGCAGCGACUUGGGACGGUCUGCUACUACGAUAGCGCCUCCAAGUGCCGCUCCCCGGCGGGAAGCCUCUUCUCCCCCUCCGCAGGAGGCUUGCAGGUGCAGAUGGAAAAUGGGCGGUCGAUGCCGUACAACGAGUUCUGCCAGCUUGCCAGGGAUGCUAAGCAGGGGACGACUCCGCUGAAGCCGGCUGCUCAAUCAAAGGUGCUGGAUAUUGUUGCAGUGGAGAUGAGCAUGGGGACAUUGAUGGAGAAGGUGGUGGUCGUGGAGAUGAUGUUGAUGAUGGUAAUGGAGAUGGCGAUGAUUGAGAUGGUGAUGAUGAUGACGACGACGACGACGACAUGGAUUCUUGCAAGAGGAUUGAUUUCAGUGAAGAAGAGGAGGAUGGAAACAAGUGCCAGGCUUCUCAAUAUCAACUCAACAGUCUCUGAGAAAGUUCUUAUCAAGGCCAUCAACAGACUGCAAGGGACGGAGGAGGAGGAUAGGACAGGUCUGUCAAGGAAGGAACUGAUUGACAAGUAUGUGGAGUUGAUGCAUGAGAAUUGA